ACAUCUUACAAGGCUACAAUCAGGCACAUAUCCCGGACAACUUGGUAUAUCACUCCAACUGGCUCUGCACGCAUCAUGGCAUGCUCAACAUCCUGUCUAGUCGUAGACUACCCUGUCUUUGCACACGACACUCACAGUACAUGGCCGUGCGGACUAGCAAACGAACACGAUGCCUAUGAGGCAACCUCAACCAGCAGCUAAUGGGCCUCUUAACGCCGGAACUACUCAACGUAACACGGUCAAAGUACCAGACUCCGGGGUCAAGCUUUCUGAUACGGCAUCCUCGCCAUCUGUACCAGCUCAAAAUCUGUCUCAGACUGCCACAAAACCACGACGGAAGCCGCGCAAAUUGAAUCGUGACGCGGCCACAAAAGCAACCCCAAACGAUCUGUCCAAUGUCCUUAACGACGAGAUCUUGACUCUGAAGGCACGCGUGCGUGAGCUGGAAGCUCAAGUCGAAGCCCUGUACUCUCGCCCGUCUGAGUCCAGUAUUCCUGCCAAACUCCCGCGUCGACGUGGUCGCGGCCGGCCAAUACCAGGCUCAGAAGAAGCAGUAAAGAAGCUCGAGGCAGAAUUGGAGGCUGUUCGGACAGAACUGGUUGAGCUAAAGCAUAGAGCAGAUGAAGACCCUGGCAAGUCAUCGGCUGCUGGUAUAGAUGACGCAGAAGACGUGCCUUGUGCGAGUGAACCAGUAGUAGAAGAGCUUAUCGCCGGCCCAGGUAAGGCUGUGACGCUGACAGGCAACUAUCGAAUCCCAUUACCAGCCAAUAUUAGCUUGGACGAUGUGCGGACAAUUCAGAGCGGCAUCAACUCGGCGAACAAGAUUGCCAGGGGCAUCGUUGAUUCGAGGAGAGAGCAGCGGUCCCGAUCAAACCAAAACACGGAGUCAUCAGGAGGCAUGAAUGAACACACUGAGAACAAGAGCUGGGGCGAGUGGAUUGGAGGAUACAGCAUGUCAAUCGCGAAAUUCGUGAAGAACAUUGAAGCAGAUGCGGCAGUGGAGCAGGAUCCAACGAAAAGACCCGUGACCGGAGCAAGGCGACGCACAGUGCCGGUCAUCGAGCAGGAACUCAGCACAGCACCGAAGCAGGCCGAACGCCCAAAGAGACCACCAGCCAGGCCGCAAUUUUCAGGAGGGUCAAGUGGCCGGUUGAGUCAGCAGCAAGUCGAGACGCUGCUGGCCUGAACAAUUCAUACAAUCCCUAUCAUCCGUCCUAGAUGGAUUACUCUAGUAGGUAGUGGCACUCCAAACUCAUUGACCGUGUUGUCCGCACCUGAUUGUGAGAGCAAAACAUAUGUGUUGCCCCUAACGUGAUCGACAGUCUUAUGCUCCAUAAGACUGUCCAGCUGCACAACCUGUUAAAACCACUCUUUCAAUAAAGUCAUCUUGAGCAAUCAGCACACACCGAGACUAGAGAUCUCCGUAGACACUGUUAAUCUGGAUAGAAGGUACCAGGCGGCUCAGUAUCUAUGCAUCUAUAGACUUUCAUACACACAAAUGGUAGGCCUAUGAUAGGUGGUUGAAUAUGUGAAUAGAACCUGUUUCAAUGGGUGCCCAAG